AUGAUAUCCUCGCAUUGUCCCUGGCUCUCCUGCUACGGGUGUUGGCUUGAGUGCAGGUGGACGUUCAAGCCUUCGCUACGACGUUCGGGAGGACAAAAAGACGAGUUGGGUAGCCUGAAAACUCCCCUCCAUUCGGAGGCAGAACUCCCCUCCAUUCGGAGGCAGAAUUUCGCAUGGGCCAGUCUGUGUUUCUUGCAAGAAAUCCAGGCUCAACCGACAACAGAUUUGGCGCCUAGUCAAAGGAAGGCCUUAUUAGACUUGGCAUGGUGCACAAAUGACCAUGUCGACGCAAACGCAAAGCAACGACAUGAUCGUCUGGGAGUCUGGAUAGAGGUCCCCCCCCCCUUUGGUCGUGGAUCAGGCUGCAACGAUUUCUGGAGUGUUGAGAAGAGAGAGAGAGAGAGCGCGUGUUGGGUGGGGAACUCUACAAGUGCGGACGAAACCCUUUUGAUCAGUUGA